UCUGUUUCAUCUUCUGUUGCAGGGAUAUAAAGCUACAGUUGUUCCUGCCAUCUUCUGCUUUCGGUUAAUAGAACAGACAUGUUCAGUCCAAACUAGAGAAAUUCACAACUUUGGUGAACAGAGACUUGUGCAGUAUGUUCUGUACCAAAUUGAAAGACCUGAAGAUCACUGGCGAGUGCCCUUUUUCGUUAUUGACCCAAAGUGGGAUUUCAGAUGAAAAUGAGGAUGAAUGUGCAGAAGUGCCAAAUAGUUCCAAGGCUGCUUUGCCAAUUUGCAGAGAAAAGACUGCGCACGGGAACCUUCCACAAAGGAAAACCAGCAGGAGCCGAGUGUAUCUGCACACUUUAGCUGAGAGCAUCUGCAAACUCAUCUCUCCUGAGUAUGAAAGGUUAUAUCUUGCAUUUCAGAGGACACUAGCAAAUAAUAAAAUAAAAGAAACCAGGAAUUCUGAGGAAAGAGAAGACUUUGAAAAGCUAAUCACUGACCAUGCAAAUGCAUCAGGAGUUCCAGUAAACAUUAUGAAGGAAUCGCUUGGUGAAGAGCUUUUCAAAAUAUGCUAUGAAGAAGAUGGACAUAUCCUAGGAGUUGUUGGGGGAUCCCUUAAAGACUUUUUGAACAGUUUUAGUACUCUCCUGAAACAGAGUGCUCACUGCCACGAAGCAGAAAAAAGGGGUAGACUUGAAGAAGUCUCAAUACUGUGCUUGGAAAAGGACCCAGAUUUCUUAAACGUGUACUAUUUCUUUCCCAAGAAAACAACCAGCCUCAUCCUGUCCGGCAUUAUCAAAGCAGCAGCUCACAUUCUGUACGAAACAGAGGUUGAAGUGACGGUGAUGGCCCCUUGCUUCUGCAAAGAUAGCGCUGAGUUUAUUAACCAACCAUAUUUGUUGUACUCUGUGCAAGUCAAAAGUGCAAAGCCAUCUUUAUCUCCGUGUAAACCUCAGUCUUCUCUUGUGAUUCCUGCUUCUAUGUUCUGCAAGACUUUCCCGUUUCAUUGCAUGUUUGACAAGGAUAUGGCUAUUCUGCAAGUUGGCAAUGGAAUAAGGAGACUGUUGAGCAGGAGAGAAUUUCAAGCAAAGCCAAACUUUGAUGAGUGGUUUGAAAUCCUGGCCCCUAAAAUAAACUCCACAUUUAGUGGGAUCAUGACAAUGCUAAACAUGCAGUUUACUAUAAGAGUGAGACGAGGGGACAACACUCUUAAAAGGUCAACAGGGGUUAUGGACCUUAAAGGACAGAUGAUCUACAUCUUGGAGUCCAGUUCCAUCUUGUUCUUGGGAUCCCCCUGUGUGGAUAGACUAGAAGACUUUACAGGACGUGGCCUCUAUCUUUCAGAUAUUCCGAUUCAUAAUGCACUUAGGGAUGUUGUUUUAAUAGGAGAACAAGCCAGAGCUCAAGAUGGACUGAAGAAAAGGCUAGGAAAACUUAAGGCUACUCUUGAGCAAGCACACCAAGCCCUUGAAGAGGAGAAAAAGAAGACAGUAGAUCUUCUGUGCUCUAUUUUCCCUGGAGAGGUUGCACAGCAGCUGUGGCAAGGACAAGUUGUACAGGCCAAGAAAUUUAAUAAUGUGACAAUGCUUUUCUCUGACAUCGUAGGAUUCACUGCUAUCUGUUCCCAGUGUUCACCUAUGCAGGUUAUCACAAUGCUCAAUGAGCUCUACACUCUCUUUGAUUACCAGUGUGGAGAGCUGGAUGUCUAUAAGGUAGAAACCAUUGGAGAUGCAUACUGUGUGGCUGGAGGUUUGCACAAGGAAAGUGAGACCCAUGCUAUUCAGAUUGCAUUGAUGGCUUUGAAAAUGAUGGAGCUGUCCAAUGACGUGAUGUCUCCACAUGGAGAGCUCAUCAAGAUGCGCAUAGGUCUGCAUUCCGGCUCAGUCUUUGCUGGCGUCGUUGGUGUUAAAAUGCCGCGGUAUUGCCUAUUUGGAAACAACGUAACACUUGCCAACAAGUUUGAGUCGUGCAGCGUUCCUAGGAAAAUAAAUGUCAGCCCAACAACCUAUAGGUUACUAAAAGAUUAUCCAGGAUUUGUAUUUACUCCUCGUUCAAGGCAGGAACUUCCUUCCAACUUUCCAAGUGAUAUUCCCGGGAUCUGUUACUUUCUUGAUGCUUACCUUCAAGGAACAAAUUCAAAGCCCUGGUUUCAAAAGAAAGACGCUGAAGAUGGAAAAGCAAAUUUCUUAGGGACACCAACAGGAGUAGACUAAGCUGUGCUUUCUUGCAUUUUCAGGAUGAGUUCUGUAUAAACUGAACAUUCAAAAAAAGGAAACAUGACAGCACUUUAGCUUGUUAACACCUGAAAGCCAGUAUUAAAAUUACCAAAAAAGGGGGAUAUCACAUACUAAUUUAAUUUUUAUUCUAUGUAAAAAUAUAUUAAGUCAGUGGCAGUUUGGAAGGGUGAGAAGUAGGAGCGGCCCGUAUUAGUGACACCUCAAAUAACGAUGAAAGGGGAAAAGCCCAGGCACCUAAUAUUUCUUUUCCUCUUGCAAACAGCUGCUUUACCAAGGCGAGUCUGAUAAGGGCCCCCUACUUCCCUAGACACUUCUCUCGACUUCCCAGUCUUUAGGAAUCACUUCUGGAGGGACAGCAUUCAAAACAAGCGGAACUGAGCUGCUUGCUAUAUGAA